AUGAACGAAGUUAAGGAUACGUCCAUCGAUGCGUUGAAGGCACAGCUAAAAGGCGUGACUGUCCUGACUUUAUCAGCGGAGGUUGCAGACAAAGACAAAGAUUUGGGUGGCCACCAUUAUGUUCCAUGUACACCACGUGCUUGUGAUCAUGCUGGUUCAAGUGGACUCAAACCUUCACCAGACGCUUCUAAUGACGAUGACCUGUGCGAGCAUGUUGCUUUGCUUGAGAAAACAGAUGAAGAAGAUGCAAAAGAAGAAGAAGAAGAAGAAAAAGAAAAACAUGAGGAGAUGACAGCUGAAGCAGAAGAGGAAAAUGAGGAGAAAACAAAAGAAUAUGGUGAAAAGAAAUCAGAAGAAGAAGAAGACAAAAAUAAGAAGGGAGUUGAAGAAGAAUUAGUGGUCGAAUAG